CAGACACAACCCCUGCUGGCGCAGCCUCCCUGAUUCCCUCUCUCCCCCUCCCUCCCUCUCCGCGUCCAGCGCUGGGCUUUUUCAGACAAGUGCAUCUCCUAACCAGGUCACAUUUCAGCCUCGACCCACCCCUCGGUCAGUCACCAGAGUCAGACCGCAGGAGCCGGAGCCGCCGGAGGAGGGCCGAGGAGGACGGCAGCCAGCCGGGCGGAGGGAAGCACCGAAGAUCCCGCACAAGUCCAGACCCUCCAGGUCCAAGCCCGAGACCACGAUGCGCGCGCCGGGCUGCGGGCGAGUGGCGCUGCUGCUCCUCGUCGUCGCCGCGGUGGCCGCCCUGGCCGAAGGCGACGCCAAGGGGCUCAAGGAGGGCGAGACCCCGGGUAAUUUCAUGGAAGACGAGCAAUGGCUGUCGUCCAUCUCGCAGUACAGCGGCAAGAUCAAGCAUUGGAACCGCUUCCGAGACGAAGUAGAAGAUGACUACAUCAAGAGCUGGGCGGACAGUCGGCAAGGAGAUGAAGCUCUGGACACCACCAAGGACCCAUGCCAGAAGGUGAAAUGCAGUCGUCACAAGGUGUGCAUAGCCCAGGGUUACCAGCGGGCCAUGUGCAUCAGCCGGAAAAAGCUGGAGCACAGGAUCAAGCAGCCCUCUCUGAAACUCCAUGGAAACAAAGACUCUAUCUGCAAACCCUGUCACAUGGCCCAGCUCGCCUCGGUCUGCGGCUCUGAUGGCCACACUUACAGCUCGGUGUGUAAGCUGGAGCAGCAGGCAUGCCUGAGCAACAAGCACUUGGCAGUGAGAUGCGAAGGGCCCUGUCCCUGCCCCACCGAGCAGGCCGCCUCCACCGCCGAGGGCAAGUCAGAGACCUGCACGGGUCAGGACCUGGCUGACCUGGGGGAUCGACUGCGGGACUGGUUCCAACUUCUCCAUGAGAAUUCCAAGCAGAAUGGCUCAGCCGGCAGCGCAGCCAACCCUGCCAGUGGGCUGGACAAAAGCCUGGGGGCUAGCUGCAAAGACUCCAUCGGCUGGAUGUUCUCCAAGCUGGACACCAGUGCCGACCUCUUCCUGGACCAGACCGAGCUGGGCGCCAUCAACCUGGACAAGUACGAGGUCUGCAUUCGCCCCUUCUUCAACUCCUGUGACACCUACAAGGACGGUCGUGUCUCCACCGCCGAGUGGUGUUUCUGCUUCUGGCGAGAGAAGCCCCCCUGCUUGGCAGAACUGGAACGUACACAGAUCCAAGAGGCAGCCAAGAAGAAACCAGGUGUCUUCAUCCCGAGCUGUGACGAGGACGGCUACUACAGGAAGACGCAAUGUGACCAGAGCAGCGGCGACUGCUGGUGCGUGGACCAGCUGGGCCUGGAGCUGAGCGGCACCCGGAUGCGUGGCAACCCCGACUGCGAUGACAUCGUGGGUUUCUCGGGGGAUUUUGGGAGCGGCGUUGGCUGGGAGGACGAAGAAGAGAAGGAGGUGGAGGAGGCCGGCGAGGAGGCGGAGGAGGAGGAGGGCGACGCCGGCGAGGCCGAUGACGGAGGCUACAUCUGGUAGAUGGCCCUGGGGUGGGGGGGCGUGGCCGUGGCUGGCCAGGGUGCCAACGGCCAGGGAGAUGGGCCAGCAGAUACCUGGACAGCAGCAGGCAGCUUAGCGAAUGGAUCCGGAAGUCAGUGCGAAGGAGUCUGGCUUCAAGGGGAGGAGUGGAGGUGGGCGUGCGUGGCAUGUGUGACUGCGACGGGUGAGUGUGAGUGUGAGUGUGUGUGUGUGUGUGUGUGUGUGUAGCAUGUGCUCACAGAUGUGUCCUUGAUCUAUCCCACUCUUGGCGGCGAGCCACCCAGAGGCCCUUUCAAUCUCCUCCAAGUCCUUUUCUUUCCAUUUGCUUUUGGUUUUAACGUACACACAUUCACACACUUAUAUACAUACCGACAGGCCAAAAUCAGUGAAAUGAGCCCUUUCCCCUAGUCCCUCCAGCUGUACCCCAAAACCCUGGGAUCCCACCCUGUCCCAUCCAUCCCUGCCUGCCCUCCAUCCCUUCCUGCCCUUCUCCCCCCUCAAAAGGGGAGAUAGGGGAUUCACCCAAAGUUGGGCCAAUUAGGUGUGAGCACCUGUCAUCCUUGGGUGACCGGCCAAGCCUAUCCCUCUGCUGCGUUCCCAAGGACUAGGCACCCUUCGAACCCAAGCCGGAAUGACAGAGAUGGCCAAGAAGGAGCCGGGAGGCAGGAAAGGGGGAGGCAGGAAAGGGGGAGUCCCUGGAUGUCGGCUGCGGCCAUCCCAGCAGCUUCUGUGACCUCACGGGGGUCUGGGCUGUGGUCCCUCAGCUGAGCCUUACCAGCUCCCCUUGGUGAAGCCCAGAGUUGGGCUCGCUGCUCCCGCCUCCAUCCCCUCGCUGGAGACCCCCCUUGUCCACCCUAGGGAGCCCGAGAACCAGGAGCAGCAGAUGUGUGCCCACCUCCCCGGACCUCUAACAAAAUGCUCUUCUCCUGCCCACACCAGUAGAAAGACUUGUCCCCAAGACCUUGAGUGGAGAAGCUUCCAGAACAUGUUUUCUGACAAGGUCAUCUUGCCCUUGAGCAGUGCUGUCCUGGGCCAUUUGUUACACUACUUCUCUUAGCUCCUGGGGUUUCUUCUGUCUCCCCAGUCCCCAAGCGCUGCCCUGGCACGGUGGACCAACUUCCCAGGCUCAGAAGCCCUGUAGUGUACAAGAAGAGAUCGGUGUGUCAGAGGGGACAGGAUGGGGUGGUGCUAGGCCUGGAGACCACCCUUACUGUGCCCCAAAUCUCCAGGCUAGGCGGGCUAUCCUCAUACCAGAUGAGAUGAUGCCCGCGGUGGGUUUUCCUUAUGGGUUUGUUGUUUUGUCCGAAAUGCCCAGUUCUCCCUCUCUGAGCAAAUUCCUUAACACGUGUGAAGAAUUUCUUACCUGGUUUUGGGCCUCUGAUGCCUUUUCUGUACAUGGAGAGUGCAGUGCGUGCGUGCAUGCGUGCGUGCGUGUGUGUGUGUGUGUGUGUGUGUGAACCUAGAGGCCAUCCCGGUGGUUGUGGGAGAGCAAGGGCCAGCCCCUGUCUGCUGGGAACCUGGAUGGCCACGCGCGGUCCGUGGCUGAGGCUUCUUGGACAAGACUCCAGCCUGGCUGUCCCCAGCAUCUCCCGGUAUUGGCUGGUCGCAUCCACCGAGUGUUGGCUGGACUUAGAAGGAAGAGCCUCACCCUGUCUGUCCCUUUAAGCCACCCCGGAAUCCACACCUUCCGAGUCUUCUCCUGAGGAAAAUUUGGAAACUCCACUAAACCCCCCCAAAAGCGCUUCUCAUCCUGCAGCACAGCCCCAGCCCCUUCCUCCUCUCCCUGCCUCUGCGCCCUUCCUCUGGUCCCCGGCUCAGUCACAUCACCCCUCCGCUCUCCAGGGGCAACUCCUCCUCCUCCACCUGGAGCUACUGAAACUUCCUGCUCUCCCAAGAAUGGGGAUCUGGGGGUCCGGUUCUUCCUUUGCCCUAACUGGGCUUCAGGAGCAUCCCUGGGCAGCUGGGAAGGCUGUGGGGCUCUCUGGAGUGGGAGGCCGUGCAGAGGAAGGGAUGCCCUCCUCCUCUUACCACUGGCCCCCCCUCCUGGGAGGUGUGUGUAUGGGGGGGUCUGUGCUCUGUGUGUCUCUGAGUCUUCCGGUUGUACACGUUUCUCUGACUUUGUAAAUAUCCUUCAGGGAGAAAGCAAACGGGGCUGAACUCGGCCCCUGGCGGGCUUGCAGGGGUCCAGGCCUUGCUCUUCCCUGAAGACCCCCCCCAUGCUGCUUUGUGCCCCACUGAGAUACAGCCCCCCCACUUCCCCUCCAAGGCAGGCAGAGCCGUGGUUCCCAGUGGGCCAGAAGGCCUCCAAGGAGCUUCUGGUCAGUCAAGUUUAAGGUUCCCUAGGGAACAAGGUCACAGGUUGGAAGGUCUGCAGCCCUUGUGCCCUCAACCAAGUUGCCUGUCCAGACCCUCCUGGCACCUCCCUGCUCCCAUUCCCCUGACUUGCGCAGGGGAAUUAGGGCCCUGUUGAAAAGGGUUCACCCACUUAGAGCGGACCCACUUCUUGUCAGGAUCUAGACCUGCCCUCGGCUGCCCCAGGCCUGCCUUGGCCCAUGGGUGCUGGGGAAAAAAGGUGUGCGAGAUGGGGUAGGUCGGGGCUGGAGAAAAUCAAUGUGCCUGAGAGACCAUUCAGAGAGCCCAGCAACGACCGGGAUGGGGCCUGGCCUGGGAGCUUUGCAAGGAGGCCGAGCUGAUGAGAAGGACAAUGGGACAUCUUAAUUAUCAGUCCCUCCAGUGACCCACUGGGCCUCGACUGUCUCACUCCAGCCUGCCAGGUGUCAGAGGGCAGGCCACCCAUCCUGUCUUUCACUAGCUUUUUCCAUGACUAGCUUCUCCCGAGUGGGUGGGUGGGAAACGUCUUUGACACCUGAGUGGCCCUGGGGCCACAAGCUGGCGGUGGUCCCCGCGGAGAGCCCUGGAGCUCCGAAAGGAGACUGGAGACGUCUGUCCCGGGCACAGCACACCGCUUCCCAGCCCGCAUUCUUCUCAAACCGUCCGUCCGAUGUGCAAUAACUGAGCUUAGAGUUAAGAGUUGUGGUCAAGUGCUCGGGUUUCCGUCUGUAGAUUUAAGUGCUGAAAUUGUAUCUCUCAGUAACUUUAGAUGUCCUUUGAAAAAAACAAAUUUGAAAAACAAAGUGUUAGACCUGUGUGUGUGUGUUGAUGGGCACUCAAGCAACCCUUGGAUCACCCCCCUUCUCCCCUAUCUCUGCACCCCCUCCCCUCAUGCCCCGCUUCCCCACCUCAUGCCCCUCCUCCACCUGAGGCCCCGCCUUGUGUCGUCUUCAUCUGCCUAUUGCUCAGCCUAAGGAAACAAGUUCACUCUACACAUGCAUAAAGGAAAGCAAAUGUUAUUUUUAAGAAAAUGGAAAAUAAAAAACUUUAUAAACACCA